AUCUAUGGUACUUGUCGAAGGAAAGUCGUUGUGAAUAGACGUGUGUGGUGUUACAAAAGUAAUUUUAUAAUUUAGUGUGUUCUUUUUAACUAUCAAAAAGUGUUCUCUCAAGAUAAUUAUUAACCUGUUCUAAAAUGGCUUGGAUUUACCUCAUCCUCAGUGUUUUCAUAAGUACCGCUGUAGCCCAGACAGAGCCUGGAGAGCCUUUCGGAAGCCCCAUCACAUUACCACCAGAACUUCAAGCCAAAAUCAAUGAAACUGAUGUAGAAAAAUACAAGACCGAGUACUUAGAACAGUUUAAGAAGAAAUGUGAACAAAAUGGUCAUCCUGAGUUAUUUGAGCAGGCACAGUCGGCAGCUACCGACCUCAUGUCUUGCUUCAAUUCUUUGGUGGACAUGGAGGUUCUACAGCAGGAAAUUGAAAAUGCUAAGCCUACUGGUGAGGUAGACGAAGUUUUCAAAAAAUACUGUGCGAAGACACCUCAGUUCAAGAACUGCUUCCGAAACAUGACCGAGAUGGUGAAGCCUUGCUUCUCAGCUGCUGAGCAGAAAAACUUCAACGUAAUGUACAACGUAACGGAACAAUUAGCCGACUUCGUAUGCUUCAAAGAGGGUGACAGAAUUGCACUGUUCAUAGCAGAAGGCGGUAAGGAAUGUUUCCAAGACCAGCAGGACGGCAUACAGGAGUGCUUGAGCACAGUGUUCGACAACAAGACGCAGGCGAACAUUCAGAACAUCUCUAUGAGCGGUAUCAUGGAGCUUGAGUUUAAGGAGAAACAGUGUGACCAGAUGACUAGUUUACAGAAGUGUGUAGUCAGCACAUUGGAGAAGUGCCCCAAGCCCACCUCAGCCAACAUCUUGGACUCGCUCUUCAACUUCAUUAGAAAAGCUACGCCUUGCAAACAGUUUAUGAAGGCUCCUGAAAAGGCCCCGGCCAGAGGUCGAAACACUGAAGAGAAGAAAGACGCGCCGGGCGCUGCCUCUGGCCUAGCUGUCACGUUCACAACACUUGUAACGGCUCUAGCUGUAUCAUUACUCGUCUAAGCAUAAUACCUAUUAAUUUAUAAACGCUCCUAUAUUUAACUUUAAUUAUAAAUACGCUAUAAACGAUUAUACCUAAACCAAAGGUACAAAUCUUCAGGUCACAAGCGAUCAAAACCGCUAGUGCUGCCAUCUGCGUAAAAGAACAAUGCAAAAGAAUUUAAAAGUCCAAAUUACCAUUACAAUGAGAAAUAUUUUAGAUGCCUUUUUUAUAUACAUUUUUUAUGACAAGGUCGCAUAUUUGUUUUUUUUUUCAUUUUGAUAUGUAUUUUAUUUUUGGGGUAGGCGUGGAUUGAACAAAGUAAUAUAUGUAAGGUGUAUACGAAUGUUGUGAAACAACAUUAUGCCUAGGGUUUGAGAGACGAAGUAGUAAGUAGAGAACAAUAUCAAUUAUUAAGUUGUAAUAACUAUUUGAAACUAGCUGGCCCGGCAAACUUCUACCGCCUCAAACAUUUUUGUCUCACCUAUUAAACCUUCCCUGGACUCCACUACAACUACUUCCACACAAAUAAUUCAAGACCAAAAUUUGCCAAACCGGUCCAUUUGUUCUCGAGUUUUAGCGAGACUAACUAGAUAGAUAAGCUCGACUAGUUUCAAGCCGCAUCGGGAUUCAUAGCCACGAAUUACGUACAACCGUACGUUAUCAAUUCGAAAUCUAUCUUUUUUGGAACAGUUUGUACAAUGACGAUGACGUCACAUCACCUUAUGAGCCACAGACCACAAAAACAGUUUCUUUGUUGUCUGAUCUGAAGACAUUUUGUGGUUGUAUAAUGAUUCACUUUCUUAUGAUUCUUGAGACAGCAAUGCGUUUGUCUGUUAUUAUAUGAAACAUGUCGCAGGUUCGACAUAUUAUGAAAAAAUACUUUUUGUUGGCUUUUUAUUAACUAAAAAUCACGGUUUACUCACGUAAAUUAAUGGAGAAAAGCUGCAGCUGCUCUUAGCAUUGGUUUAACUAAACCCGUUUCCACCAGCUAUGUUUUGUAUGAAUGAAAAGAUGCGUGCAGGGACUCUUCACCAUAAGCAGCAUGCGCAAACGUCGCACUUACCGUGAUUUUUAAUUAAUUUUGUAUGUCUCACAAUAGUUAUUAUAAAAAUAUGAUUUUGUGAUUCGUUAAUACUUAUUACUUCGUCUCUAUUAGGAGUGAUAAAGGACAAAAAGGGCUCGAGUUGUUAUUAAAUAUAUUUUCAAUAUAAGACAAUCUGCUAUUACGUGUAGCUAUUUUUUAUAUUCAUUAUAUUAUUAUGUAUUUUGUCAUCAUUGGCGUUUCAUUUGGCCUGCAAAUCAUCAUGUUAAGAGAUAUGAACAGCUUUUGAUAUGUUCCUUUAGUAAUAAAUUGUUAUAAUUUUCUAUAUGUUUUUUAAAGUUAUAUACUUCAUGACUGCAACUAUAGUUUAUUGUUUAAUAAUAAGCUGGGUACUCAUUUAGCCGUGUAACACAUAACGUAUCAGAUACAGUGCCGGCGUAAGGGCCACUGAUACCCCGGGCGAAAAUAUUGUGGCGCCCACGUGAGAGAAGCAAUAUCAAGUGUUUAUUUUUUGCGGAUCCCAUCGGCGGCGGUAUCGGCGCCCCCCAGAAUUUGUCGCCCUGGGCCAUAGCCCCAUUACGUACGUGCCGGCACGGCACGGCAUCCCGCGGCGUGCUGCGGCAUCGUGGUAUCAAAAUAAAGUAACAUAAAUUCUAAAUUCAUUGAAAUAAGGUUCAAAAUAACUUAAUUUGUAUUACACGGCAUGGCACGGUACGGCAUCCCGUGCCGACAGUGCGCGCCGGCCUUAAGUGAGUACCCAGCUUUAUAGAGCUCGAUGGUUUUACAAAUACAUAUAAUGUGAUCGCCAAGUACAUAUCGUUCGUUAUAUUUUCAUAGUAUAUUUGCCAAAAAACGUGGCCAACGAAAUCGUGACGCUUAGCUUUAAGUCAUAAGUACAGAAGUCUUGCUUUCAUAAUAUUUUUUACCAAAAUGUUUCACAGAGUUUAAUAAAAUUAGAAGAAAAAGGGAAUGUUUGGUCCAUUUUAAAAUAUGACCGUCCGAAGAGAUGUAUCGAGACGUUUAUAAACGAGUCCACUGGAUAAAGAACUUUAAUCUGUAAGGGAUAGAGUCGAAAAUAGCGUGUAAAGAGAAAUCAGCCGCUUAUUGGUUAAUGCUUCUGUCCAUUGAUUUUAGGCGUAAGUGACUGUCGGUGUUAGGGUUGGUGUCGUAGUCUUACUGCCGUACUCAGAGACAUUUAAUAAUUAAUUAAACUAUUCCUUAGUAACGACGUUCCUAAGAACUGGGUUAGGUAACCAUUAAAUAACUCCGAGUACGGACUGCCGUACUAACUGUAGUAAUAGUACUAUAAUAGGAUGUCAUAAUACAAGAAAUACCAUUCCUACAAUUAUUUUUAGCUUUUUAAGAACGUGGUUUGUGAUUAUAUAAUGCCUAACUUUAUUCAAAGGGCUUAGUACGAGUUGUACGUACGGCGCUCUGAUUGGCCCGCUCCAAUGAACAGACCAAUCACGAGGGCUAAACGUUAAACGUAAAACAAACGUGUACUAAGUCCUCUGACUUGCUAUUUUUAUAUUAGGUUACGCCAAUAUGUGAUGCCAACUAUAUAUUCCGUUUUAUAUGUAAGUUUUUAAUAUGACUGGUUCGUAUCAUCCUGUUUGUUAAGAAGAACUAGCUGUAAGGGAACGGUCUUGUUUACUGUGACCGUUGAAUCAAGGUAUAUUAUAUUUUUUGCAUUAAUUUAUACAUUCCAUUAUUGUACAUUUCCUUUAAAAUAUUUUUUUUACUAGUAGUUGUGUGAAGGUAGGUCUUUUUAUAACUCUAUUUCAAAUAAUUUUGGGUAUUUAAACUGAUCCGUUUCGUGUUUCAUUCAAUCAAUUUUGAUUUCUAUGGCAUUGGUUUUAAGUAACAUUUUAGUGAUUCGUAAUACCAACUGUUUUCUGCAAUAUAAGUGUUCCUUUAUUACUAAGGCAAUAGAAAUCAAAAUCGAUUGAAUGAAUUCUAAAAAUAUUUAAAUAAAUGUCUUUAAUUAUUUUUGAAAUGAAGGAAUCAAUAAUGUUGUGAGGUUUUAUAUUAUUUUAUACGUAAUCAUAUUAGUUUAUAUACUUUAUUUAAUACAAAUUGUAACUAGAUCAAAAUACAAACUAUUGCUUUGUCGACUAUUCAAUAGAAGCCAUAUUGUCUAUGUCAGGAGUACGUAGAUUCGAUGUCCGGUAGAUAAAUAGAUAUUUGUAUAUGUUGCUACGUGGUGUAUAACCAUUUUACAAUAUUUGCAAAUAAAUGAUGGAAAGUAUAA